GUGAAAACCAGUGAAAUCAAAGCUAUUAUAAAACUCAGAACAUGGUAUUGCUACUUAUAAAACAUCCGAGUACAUUUUCCAAAAUGUUUAAUAGUGUUAAUAUAAUUUAAUAUCAUACAAAACGUUCACCUUUCAAAAUAAAAGCAUGCACACACGCCAAACCGGCUCUUUCGCACGCUCGGGAGCGCUAAUGCUUUUAUUUUGAAAUUUCCAUCGCCUAUGUUGUCCCGAGGCAGCCGCAGCAGGUGGACCGGCUGAACCUCUUUUCUAGAGAAGUCCUGAAGCCACCUGUGUUACCUGUUUCUAGAACCAGUCGGUUCCAUGCCCUUCCUUAUGUGUUUAUUUAUAGAAGAAUGUUCUGAUUCAUUACAUGUAGGCCAUUUUAAUUUUAAUUAAAGUACUUUUUCCUCCAAGUGUCUCUAUUCGAGUUUAUUAGAGUAGAGUUUUUACCUUUUUAACAUUUUUACAUAAGAAUGCCCCCCCCCCCCUGUUGGACUUGUUGGCCCGGAGAUGUUCGUGUGUGACGUCACAGGCUCGCGCUACCGGCUCGACACCUGUCCCACCUCCUGCAGCGGAGCAGCAGUGUCGGACUGACGGCUGAGACGCGCAGCAUGGGAGGUUUCUUCUCCAGUGAAAAGAUGGCAGGAGUUUUCUCCUACGAGAGUUCAGAGGUCGACUGGUGUGAAGAAAACUACCGACACUCUGAACACGUCGUGGAGUACUUCAACACGGUGAGCAGCUUCUUCUUCUUCAUCAUCUCUCCCGUCAUGCUCUACCUGCUGCACCCGUACGCCAGAGAGAGGAACCUGGCCGUGCACCUGGUCUGGGUCCUCAUGAUGUUUGUGGGGCUCUUCUCGGCGUACUUCCACAUGACGCUCAGCUUCGUGGGUCAGAUGCUGGACGAGCUGUCCAUCCUGUGGGUGUUGGCGGUGGCAUAUGCUGCGUGGUUCCCCCGCCGACUCUACCCCUCGUUCAUAAAGGACCGGUCCACGUUCUCCAGCCUCGUCCUGAUGUUCACCCUCGUCACCACGCUGUUCUCCUUCUUCAGACCCACGGCCAACGCCUACAUCUUGAACUGCUUCGGGUUCCACUUGACCUACGUCGUGGUGGCCGAGAUGCAACGCUGCACCGACCAGAAGGCUCUGCGCCUGGGGAAGCUGUCGGUGGCGAUGUGGACGCUCGCCAUUUCCUGUUGGCUCAGCGACCGCUUCGGCUGCAGCUUCUGGCAGAGGAUAAACUUCUGCUACCUCCACGGCGUCUGGCACAUCCUGAUCGUGAUGGCCGUGGCCUACGCCAGCACCCUGAUCGCGUACCUGGACGCUAACUACGAGAUCCCGUACUCCCUUCCCGAGCUGCAGUACUGGCCCUGUGAUAACCGGUGGGCGGUGGGGUUGCCUCACAUCGUCCUGAAGGGAACGACCAAGACUCAGAAACGCUGCUGACACGGAGGAGUGCUUCUGUACUUGGAGCACUUGAUGAUUUCAAAGUGCUCAUGAAAGGGAAACUGUCACAAAGAUGUCAUCUCGUGAUCUUUAUCGCCCGGUUGCCUCACCCAAAGCAAACUGGAGUCACAGGAAUCCGAUCUGAUCACUUCCAAACGGUUGUUUCUUCUUCUUUUACUUGCCAGAUUAAGACAAAAGAACAAUUUGAUGAACCAAAAUUAAGAUUUAAAAAAAAAAUCAUGUUAAAUGGAUGAAUUACCAAAUUCUCAUUCACUCAUUAGCGGCCCAAUAACUGCAGAACAUGGCAAUGUUCACCAGUUCUUAAAGCACAUUUUUUUUAGUUUUUUUGUGCUUUUCAAGCCCCUAAAAUAUGCAAAUGAGCAGUGGAAUAACAAUUGAAUGUUAAUCUUCUGUGUGUAUCCCGGAUGACGUUUGAGAAUGUGUGUGUGUUUCUGAAGAGUUUGUGUUUCACAGUUAAGCACAUAGAGGUUAUUUAUUCAUAUAAAUCAACUGAUAUUAUUUAUUUUAAAGAUAUGAAUGCACAUUUCAUUCUGUACAUGGCGAAAUAUAUUGAUGUUUUCUUAUGAUGACACCAUUGUCGUUCUCAGGAACAAUAACUACUGUAAUUCUUUGGAACAGUUUCUUUGAGUGAAAUAAACGACGGUGAAAUGUU